AUGACAACAAAGAAACCAGCUAAAAAACCUAUAUGCAGAAUCAAGUACAUGGAGAAGCCGAUGGAACGUUUACUCGAUAGAUUGAGAUUAGGUCUUGCGAACUUGAGUUCCCCAGCUAACAAUAUGGUGAAAGCGGAUCAAAACUUUCCUGUGAAACGCAGCGUUUCCCGUACUCUCAUUCUGCAAUAUCCCUCUGGCCUCUCUGUUCAGUCAGUUGCCAAACGAAGCGCUCCUGCUUUCUGCCGCUACCUCUUCUCUUGCUCGGACCUCCGCCGUCCAGUCUGCUGCAUCGGCUGCCUCAUCCGGUGA